AUGUCAUCACCCUCAUCAAGCGAUAGCCAAAGGCUGAUCCCAAAAAUUGAGAAUGCGGCUGACUAUGGAACGUUUCGGUCAGAGAGUAAAGUCGAGUCUGAUUUUCUAGAGUCAAACAUCUCGACUGCAGACAUUGAAAUAUCGGCCGGCGCCUGGACAAAGCGUUCAAGUAAGAUCAAUUCUCCGACGACGCUGGUCUUACUUAAUAAAGCCAGUACGGCCAGGGAUUGUUUAUCAAUCGAACGCACGUUCCUUUCAUGGCUUCGCUUAAGUACAGCGCUUACAUUAACUGGCCUUGCGGUCUUCUUUCGCUUUGCGUUAGUACCUGUUACGGUGUCAGGAGACAGCCUGUCAAUUCCAUUGGGCUUGGCACUGAUCGUCUUGGGGAUUUUUACGCUGUUCUGGGCUCUAUAUCAAUAUUUCAAUUUCCAAUAUCUCAUCGCAACAAGUGCGCCAAUAGUUCAAAACGGAAAAUGUAAUUUUAGCGUAGCCCUUCUUGUUGGGCUAUCGAUCGUAACUACCCUAUUAAUCAGCUUCCCACUUGAGGUAUCUCGUCGAAAUCGGCCACAUAUCGGCGAAGGAGAUGGUAUUCAGGGUUUUUUUAUAUAA